AUGCACUUCUCCACUGCAACCAAGAUCCUGGCCCUCGCUGCCGUCAUCAGCACCGCCGCAGCAAGAUCUACCACCAAAUACCGCCGCCAGGCCGCCGACGUAUGCAUGGUCGACUCCGUGACCAACAACCCCUCCCAAGCCGAUGCCAAAGCAGCCAUCGACCAGUGGAACAUCGACGUCAAUACUGUCAACGCCUUCCUCAACAACGCCAGUGCACUUGCCCACGGCAUGGAAAUUCAAAACGCCACCAUGCAAACCCUCCUCUUCGCCCAAGACGAGCCUUGUCAACUCAAGACCUUGAUUAGCAACAGCGACUUCGUCGGCGGAGGCACCGAUGCCUUUAACUGCGCAGUCAUGGACCUGAUGACUGUGUUCGACACGCACGUGCUUCAGAAUCUGAGGUCUAUCAUCAUGAUGCCCAGUGAUAGCGAUGUGAUCACUCAUGCUAUCAAUGACAUCAAUACCUUCAGGUGCUGCAAUGUUUUACCUGAUGCGAAUAUCAUCUGGCUGGACUCUGCUACUGACAAUGGUAUUUCCAACGAGGUCAAUUUCACUCCUGCAAAGGAGGAUGCUUGCGCCAAUAUCGAUUGCGCUACUGUGUCUACUGCUGCCAACUGUACUUCUCUCAACAAUGGAAACAAUCCAUUGAAGUAG